UAUCUUUAUUAUCUUUCUUUCUUUUCUUUUAUUUCUCAUCGCAUUGUCGAAUACAAAAAGUCGGCUCGCGUGAUCCAUUCCAAUAAACUUUGACCAUCUCGGCAAAAUCUCUGUCUGCUCCACAUCGAUGAUCAGGAACUCCAACAACAACGACAACAAGCAAAAUAAAUCAGACAUGUCGACCUCAAGCAACAGCGGUGCAGAAGAUGGCGGUAAGAGAAAGCGGCCUAGGACCCAAUCCUGUCCUCCCCCGGAACUGCCCCAACUCGUCGCUGAACAGCACGUCCCCGUUGCGCCGGGCGACAAGGAUACGCGACGAUUGAUUGUGGUCUUGUCGAAUGCCAGUCUCGAGACAUACCGCUCGUCCCAUGGUGGCCGCAGCGGUCGCGAGGAGAAAUACUCUCUUCUCAACAGCGAUGAGCAUAUCGGUGUGAUGCGGAAGAUGAAUCGGGAUAUUAGCGAUGCGCGGCCUGAUAUCACUCACCAGUGUCUGCUCACUCUGCUCGACUCACCCAUCAACAAAGCCGGGCUCCUCCAAAUUUACAUCCACACAGCCAAAGGCGUCCUCAUCGAAGUCAGCCCCACGGUCCGAAUCCCACGCACUUUCAAACGAUUCGCCGGGUUAAUGGUGCAACUCCUCCAUCGACUCUCCAUCCGGUCCUCAAACUCACAGGAGAAACUGUUAAAAGUCAUCAAAAAUCCAAUCACAGACCAUCUCCCGCCAAACUGCCGAAAAGUUACGCUGAGUUUCGAAGCUCCUGUCGUUCGAGUUAAUGAAUACAUCAGCUCCCUGGGACCCAAAGAGAGUAUCUGUGUCUUUGUCGGAGCCAUGGCGAAAGGUCGUGAUGACUUUGCGGAUGAAUUCAAGGAUGAUGCGAUUGCCAUUAGCAAUUACAGUCUUAGUGCUAGUGUUGCUUGUAGCAAGUUCUGUCAUGCUGCUGAAGAUGUUUGGGGCAUCAUGUAGUCUCCAUCUACUAACGGGGGUGCCAGCCCAGGAUGUCUCCAGUACUAACCGCAGCUCUCUCGACCUUUUUCAACUGUUUUUAUUUCAAGCUUGCUCAUUGCCUGGAUUCUAUCACUUUUAUCAACUUUCGAACCCGGAUUCUGUUUCUGUCAGAAAAGGCACCACUCCUAAGUCAAGAGCUCUGAUACCAACAUCUCAGCCCUUUUCUUAUUAUGGUCCUUUUUUUUCUGUUCUGACAUGUAUUUUUUGUCAAGUCGAGGUGUUUGUUGCAGUGUGACUCUGAUCUGUUUUUACAACCAAAACGUGGCCAGGUCUCUAGCAAGCCUCAUCAUUUUGACAAGAUUGGACCAAAAUAUCUCGAGGUAGAGACGCAGAAAGCAACCCCGCCUGCUUUCCUCUGGUUUUCAAUGAACUAGUCAUUUAAUGGACUAGGAUUUGACAGAUGGGAAAUGCUCGAUUGACAUGGAUUUGAUAUGAUUUGAUGUAUAUACUAUUUUUUAUUAUUCGGAAUACCUAUUCAUGAGUUCGCAAGUA